UACAAAUAUUUUUUCAAGUUGCAUUCCUGGCUCUGCUGCGGCCUCUCUCCCGCUAGAGGAGCCCUUUGCAAAUCUUGGAAGCCGAACCUCCCCGUGCAGGAAUCGUCUACCGGAGCUGGGUUCGCCUAGCCAUGGCUUCAGACGAAGGGUUGCUUAUUAAUGUCAGCACGUUGCCUCUGCUUAGGUGCCACCGCCGCCGCCCCCCUGCAGGACGGAGAGCCCCCAACCCACGAUGGGGCCGCGGGAAAAAGGCCAUGAAAAGAACAUUAGAAAGCACACAAGAAGUCACUCCUGUAAAAAAGAAGUGUGCUUCUCCAGUGGCCCAGACCAAAAAGCUAUGGAAAAUACCCCCAAAUCACAAUAAAGGAACUGGGCCGCCAGGAUCACCUCCGGAAAAGCUUUCGCCUGAAGCCAGAGAAGACGACUUCAGCAAGAGACCCUUUGUAAAGACUUCCAGCCUCUUUAAAAACAAUCCAGAAAUCCCCGACUUACAGAGAACUGCCGUGAAACAAGUUCAAGAGGAGAUUUUCACCUCAGAUUCCUUUGAUCAGCUGGGUCUCCAUCCUCACUUGACUUCAACAAUAAUCUCUUCCUUGAAACUAUCAAGCAUGACCAGUGUUCAGAAGGAGACCAUUCCCACAUUGCUACAAGGGAAGGACGCUCUGAUCAGAUCACAGACGGGCUCAGGAAAGACACUUGCUUAUAGUAUCCCCCUGAUACAAUCUUUGCAAAAACUGGAGCCCAAAAUCAAGCGUAGUGAUGGACCCUAUGCCCUCAUCCUGGUUCCAACCAGAGAGCUCGUUCUACAGAGUUUUGAAACCCUCCAGAAGCUCUUAAAGCCAUUUACCUGGAUUGUGCCGGGAGUCUUGAUGGGGGGUGAAAAGAAGAAAUCCGAAAAGGCCAGAUUACGCAAAGGAAUAAAUAUCCUCGUGGCAACUCCCGGACGGCUAGUGGAUCACAUCAAAUCUACCCAGUGCAUUCACUUCCGCUGUAUCCGGUGGCUGAUUCUGGAUGAGGCUGACAGAAUAUUGGAUCUCGGCUUUGAAAAGGCCGUGGCUGCCAUACUGAAUGCCGUCAACGCAGCCAGCCCAAAACGGCAAAACGUUCUUUUGUCAGCCACACUUUCUGAAGGAGUAUCCCGGUUAGCCCAUAUCAGCUUGCAAGACCCCGCCUGCGUUACGGUGGCCUCAGAACCCCCGGGGGGUUCAAAGACACCGCGGGAAAACGACUCUCUCUGGGAAGAUGUGGGCAUUCUUCCCGCCAAGGAGGAACAGCAGAGCAGUUUCGCUGUGCCCGAAAAACUCCGCCAAAACGUGGUCAUGGUUCCCAGCAAGCUAAGGCUGGUGACGUUGGCGGCUUUCAUUUUUGGAAAGUUCAAGUUAGAAAAACGCCACAAGAUGAUUGUUUUCUUCUCAAGUCGCGAGCAAGUGGAGUUUCACUACGUCCUCUUCCAAAAAGUGUUGUGCGCGGAGUCUGGGGAGGAAGGAUCGGGGUUAGCGCCAGCACCUCUUUCUCGAACUUUGACCUUUGCACGUUUGCAUGGUGACAUGAAACAAGAGGAGAGAUCGUCCGUGUUCCAGGCUUUCCUGCAAUCGAGCACUGGGGUGUUGCUGUGUACGCAUUUCAGAGAUGAAAAUGGAACAGAUUUUGUCAAACUUAAUGAAAGAUGACCGCUUCAAAGGAAACCUGGAGAGAUCUAAGAAGAGCCAGCAGGGAGAUGUCCAGGAAAUACACCGAAGGGCUACCGUAAUGCAGACCGAAUUUGAGGAUUUCAUCCAUUCCAGUGCUAAAACCAUCCGAUGGG